CCUUCUCUGCUCAGUCCACUGUCUCCGUUCCACGCCCUCCUCUGUUUCUCUCCUCUCAGCUCCUUAACCCCAUUUCCUUCCUAUUCUCACCAAGCCUUUUUGCCCUCUAUUCUUUCCCUGAUUUCCUCUCUCACCACAGAAAUCCAGAAAACAUUGGCCCAUAUUAAGUAAUGAGUCCAUUGUAAAACAGAACUUCGGCUUGACCGUCGUCGUUUUAGAGCUCCAAUCAAACACGCAAGGCUAGAACAGCGGGGUUUUUGAAGUGUUAAAACUUUGUUCAGCAAUGUCUGUGGCCACUAAGCUUCAAUUAUCCGCUAAACCGGUUUCGGAGCCCCGAGCCAUUCUGGGUCUGGCGGGGAACAGAGUUAGGGUUUCCGAAGAACUGAAACGGAAGGCCGAGAACCCGAAAAAGCCACAGCGUCAGAGAAAUCGUGCCUCCGAAAUUCCUGCACCGGCCGUGCGGAACAAUGUCUCAAUCGACAGCUCGUGCUCUUCGGAUUCUUCUUCUAGCGGUUCCUCGGCGAAGAAAACGGUGAAUUCUCCGACGGUGAGGCGCAACGGGUUUGGGCCCGUGAAGGUCGUCCCGGACGGCGCCGAGGCCGUGGCGUUGUCUUCGCCGAAGAUUUCGGGUCCGCCAAAACGGUGUGAUUGGAUAACUCCUCACUCUGACCCAAGUUAUACUAUUUUCCAUGAUGAGGAAUGGGGGGUUCCAGUUUACGAGGACAGGAAGUUGUUUGAGCUACUUGUCUUUUCACAAGCGUUAGCAGAACUAAGCUGGCCAGCAAUUCUUAAUAAGAGAGACAUAUUCAGGAAACUUUUUGACAGUUUUGACCCAUCAGCCAUUGCACAGUUUACUGAGAAGAAGUUGAUGUCCCUGAAAGUAAAUGGCAGCCCGUUGCUGUCUGAACCAAAGCUCCGUGCGGUUGUAGAGAAUGCUAAACAAGUGCUUAAGGUUCAGCAGGAGUUCGGUUCCUUCAGUAACUAUUGCUGGAGCUUUGUGAACCACAAGCCAAUAAGAAAUGGAUUUCGUUACGCACGUCAAGUACCGGCCAAGACACCUAAAGCGGAAGUCAUAAGCAAGGAUUUGAUGCACAGAGGCUUCCGUUGUGUUGGGCCGACUGUUGUUUAUUCAUUCAUGCAAGUGGCUGGAAUCGUCAACGAUCAUCUCUUGACAUGCUUCAGAUACCAGGAGUGCAAUACAAAUCUCGAAAAGGAUUUGAAUCCCAAGAUUGAGGCGACAAAGGAAAUAAAUGAAGCUCUGGAGAGUACAUGCUUAUCUCGGGAAUGAAUUGCCUAAGCCGGAUAGAGAUCCCACCAAUUUUUUUGCCAUUUGGGCAGCAAAUUGUUGGAGAUCCGGAUCAUCCUAAGUGAGCCAGAGUUUGUUUCUUACUAAUCACACAAAUCAAAUUAAGUAGGAAGUUUGUUGUAAGGGGGUGAAGAGCGAAGGUCCGCAGCAACUGUUGUUUUACGUUUUUACUACAUCUAUAUGGUCUUGUAGCAUGCUUUCUUCAUCUGCUUGUGUGUCGUUUAACCUAACCGUAAACCUUAAAAGUAUAUGUUCUUGCUUUUUGACAGUAAAUGCUCCAUGUAAAAUUCCACGCAUGUUUUGCUCAUCUUUAUGGGGUUAGGAGGGGUGCCUUAAACUUGUGUGGUUCUUGUCAUUUGGGCCUUGUGUAAUCUAGGUUCCAUUACUAUAGUAAAUCCCAUGCGAUUUGAUUUA